UCCGGGGCCGGCCGGGGUCUGCAUAGGAGCCGCCUCCCGGCCUCCGGAGAGGCGGCAGGGGGCGCCUGCAACGCGGUCGCGCACCCCUCGGCCCGGGAGGCGGGAGGCUGACCCAGCCCCGAGAGGGGUCCUUGGAGGGAUAAGAACAGUGUGGCGUGGGCACAAAAAAGAUGGGCAGUGUCCGGUUGGUGCCACUGGAGAGGACGGUGUCCAGAAGUCUCUGUGGAAAGAACAGUUGUACCAGGAUGAAGACUCAUUCAGGAAACAGGGUGCUCAAGGGGGAGGGUACGAUGCCCAGUACCGGGGCUCCAAUGAAAGGAGGUAGCACCUAGAAAGAGGGCACUACGAGCUGUCGCCUCCCAGGGAAAGGCCAAUGUUGGGUGAAGGCGCACUAGAUCAGUGUCCAGAAGAGGGUAGUAUAGUGGGGUGACAGGCAGUACCAAGUUCAAUUGGCAGUGUUCUAGGGGAUCAGAGUGUGAGGUUAGUGCCAAGCAGGGCCAAGGGAAGACGGGAGUGCCGAGGAGGUGAAGCCCCAGGGGAGGGCACAAUGCGGGCUUUCCUUUCCCUGAGAGUGACAUCAUGGCAAAUUCCCAAACCGGACGGACCCGGCUCGGGUGACGUCUAGCUGGUCCGAGCCAGCUCGGACCAGCGUGGGGGACCUUGGUGGCAAUCCGAGGUCCGAGGGGCUGGGCGGGCGCUCUGCGGGCGGGGUUCUCCUCCACCCGCCUGCAGCACGGACUGUGCCCUCGGCCGGCACGCGGACCGCAGGGAAGGGCUGGGCCGGGCUUCUCGGGGCCAAGGAUCAAGGUUCCCGGCUGGGUUAGGCCCCCAAGCUUCCCCGAGCGUCGGCAUCCCGGGUCUGGAGAGGGCGCUGUAGAGCCGGGCGCAGCGCGGUACCCGCCGGGGGUGGGACUUGAGUCUGUCCCCGCCUUGGGCGGAGUCACUGGGCUUUGAGACUCGCCCACAAGGCCCGAGCUGCUCCGAGGCGGCCUUUCCCGGCGGAAGUUAAGGAGCCCCGAGGGGGAAGGCGGCGGAAGUGGCUGCGUUAGGGCCGCCUGUGCGCAUGCGCCCUCUGCCUCGGUUGCCGCUUUUGGGGCGGUCCUCCGCCCUGUCUUCUCUCCUCCACGUGAGGGGGUGCGCGAGUUCCCGGUGGUGGCCGCGCGCUCCGCACCUCUGCAGCCCUCGUGCCCCUCACGAUGGCGGGCAUCCUGUUCGAGGAUAUUUUUGACGUGAAAGACAUUGACCCAGAAGGCAAGAAAUUUGACCGAGUAUCUCGGCUGCACUGUGAGAGUGAAUCUUUCAAGAUGGACCUCAUCUUAGACGUAAACAUUCAGAUUUACCCCGUAGACUUAGGUGACAAGUUCCGAUUGGUCAUAGCUAGCACUUUGUAUGAAGAUGGUACCUUGGAUGAUGGUGAAUACAAUCCCACAGAUGACAGACCUUCCAGGGCUGACCAGUUUGAGUAUGUAAUGUAUGGGAAAGUGUACAGAAUUGAGGGGGACGAGACCUCAACGGAAGCAGCCACGCGCCUCUCUGCGUAUGUGUCCUAUGGGGGCCUGCUCAUGCGGCUGCAGGGUGAUGCCAACAAUCUGCACGGAUUUGAGGUGGAUUCCAGAGUCUACCUGCUGAUGAAGAAGCUGGCGUUCUGAACCUCGUGGGAAACCUGAGCUGAAGCUGGUGGUGUUUGCCUGUGAAGGGGACUGGGCUGUGUGUCCACUGUGGGUACAUCUUCAGUUUGUCCGAAUUCAACGGAAAACUGAUGUGUCUGUGAAAGACCAACUGGGAGAGCUUAGCAUGAAUCUGAAGUUGUGUGUGAUUUUUUUUAUUUUUAAAUUAAAGCUUACUUUUUCA